CAAAUUUUUCCACUUUUUUUUUUGAAAAAAGCUCGAAAUUUGAAAAAAGUUGAGCUAUUUGAUCGAAUAAAUCAUGUUUUAAAGCGAACUCCGAGCAUCGACUGGUUAUAAAGAUGUCUUACAUAUCUCAAGGAUCGUCGGGUAUUGCUGCGAACAAAGAUUCCGCGAUGGAUGAUUCGUUCAGAGACGACAAAUCGGAAUUCAGCGGUCGCUUAAAAGGCACUACGAUGUUCAAACCGAUCGUUUACGGUAGCGUGGCUCAUUACCUGCCUGAAAAACGAAACGACGGACGUACCCACCGGUGGACGGUGUUCGUAAAACCGUAUCAUAACGAAGACCUAUCGGUGUUUAUUAAAAAAAUCCACUUCAAAUUACACGACAGUUACGGUAACUGUAAUCGAGUAGUGAUGAAAAUGCCUUACGAGGUUUCCGAAACAGGCUGGGGAGAAUUCGAGAUCGUUAUCAAGAUAUAUUUCCACGAUCAGAACGAAAGACCGGUGACCGUGUACCAUAUGCUGAAGUUAUUUCAUAGCGGACCGGAUGCAAACGAGGCGGUUGCGGCUAAUUUACCAGUGUAUUGUGAAAAUUACGAAGAGAUUAUAUUCCAAGAUCCUACCGCUCAAAUGAGUAGUCUGCUCAGGAAGAAACCCAUCCCUUAUGUGUCUGGUGAAUGGAAACAUCACACAGAUUUCGAAAAAUUGAAAGUUGACACCGUGAAGAAAUUACGAGAGGCGAAAAAAACAGUCCAGAAAGAAAUAGAAGAACAGAAAAUGAAACUCAAGGUGGCUCAAGAAACCAUAACCAAAUUUAAAGAAGAAGUAAUGAAGAGUAGAAAAGCUACUCCGGCUACUUCGUAUUUAGCUGCAUCGUGACGUAAACUUAUUAUACCUCGAUCGAGAGUAUUGUGAUGUCAAUUAUUGUAUAUGUAUUUUGUAUUAUAUAUAUAUGUGUAUUUUUCUAGACUUUUUUGUAGAUACUUAAUAAAGAAGAUUUCGUUAUGCAGAA